UCUAACUCUCGGAGCCCUCCAGCGUGAGUUCCCUGAACGUCUCAUGAGUGUCUCUGGAACCUGUCGUACAGUUAGCUUAGCCUGCUAACUGUAGGAUAGCAACUGAUAAGGGGUGAGAAGCUCACCGUGCUAGCAUCGUAUGAGUUACCCAUAAGGCAUCUGUGUGUACUGAGCAGCUCCUGAGAGGACGAGACAUGUUUAUUUCAUGAUAAAAUGGCUGCAGUGCAAACGCUGAGAGAUUUGGUGACUCUGAGACAAAGUGCGGCUGCUGAGGAGAUAUUCGAGCUGUUAAAGAGAACCUCAGCAGAGAACCGACAUCUUUGUUAUUCGACAGAGGAGAACAACGGACACCACAAUCUACAGCUGACCGCCUCCGUCGUUUCACUUGGACCAGAAGUCCAUCAGCUGAUCGUCGGUGAGCAGCCGGAGUGGAGGACCACCCUGGACCAGGAGGACCCAGAUCCCCCACACAUUAAAGAGGAACGGGAGGAAUUCAGGUGCGGCCAUGAAAAAGAGCAGCUUCAUGGACUGGAGGAAGAUGAUGUCAACAAGUUCCCAUUCAAUGCUGUCUCUGUGAAGAGUGACGAUGAGGAAGGGAACUCCCAGUCCUCACGGCUUCCCCAAAUGCAGACGGGUCGACCAAUUAAAAGAGAAGCUGAUGAGAACUGUGGAGGACCAGCCAGGAGGCUGAGGGCGUUGGUGAAGCAGCGACUCACUGCAGCUGUUGAAGACAUUUUCGGGAUGUUUGAAACAACGUUAGCACAGUACGAGAGAGAGAUCGAAGGACUACAAAAGCUGCUGGAAGGGUCCGUGAAGAUUGAUGAGGAAGUGAACACAUCAGAUGAUCCACAGCUGUUACUGGUUAAAGAAGAGGGAUUGUCUGAACAACACAAGUGGAGGAGCAGUCUGGACCAGGAGGAUCCAGAGCCCCAACACAUUAAAGAGGGACAGGAUGAACUCUGGAGCAGUCGUGAAGAAGAGCAGCCUCAAGGACUGGAGGAAGCUCAGUCCUCACACCUUCAUCGAAGACAGACUGAUCAACAGAUGAACAGAGAAGCUUUUGAGGACUGUGGAGGACCAGAACCAGCCAGGAUAUUUGUUCUAGCUUGUGAUUCAUAUCAAGGAAGUAAUGAAAAGACCCAUUCUUCUGGUCAGGACAAUGGAAACAAUUAUUCACAAGAGAUGAGUCCACCUCAGUCAGCUUUGGUUUCUCUGACCCACAAUGAGGUCUCUGUGAGCUGUGACGGUUCUAAUCCAGUGGGGGAAACGGUUAACAGCAUACAAAACGCAGGAGGGAAACCACUUAGUUGCUCCAUUUGUGCAAAAGGUUUCAGUCAAAAAUCCGAUUUGAAGAGACACUUAAGAUUUCACACUGGGGAGAGACCGUUCAGUUGUGUCUUCUGUGGCAAGCACUUCACUGAAAAGGCAGAUUUGAAGAGACACACAAGAGUUCACACAGGGGAGAAACCCUUCAGCUGUCCCAUCUGUGGAAAAGGGUUCAGCGAAAAGACAGAUCUGACGAGGCACGUCAGAGUCCACACAGGAGAGAAACCAUUUAGCUGCUCAGUUUGUGGCAAAAUAUUCAGUCAGAAUGAAAACCUGCGGCGACAUGAGAGGAUUCACACGGGGGAAAAACCCUUCUGCUGUCCAGUUUGUACGAAGACAUUUACCCACAGAGGGGCGCUGGUGGUUCACAUGAGAAUUCACACGGGAGAGAAACCAUUUGGCUGCUCCCUCUGUGGAAAAAGAUACAAUGAAACAGGGAAUCUGAAGAAGCACAUGAGGGUCCACGCGGCAGAGAAGCCUCUCAGUUGCGGCGUUUGUGGGAGGAGAUUCAAUUAUCCGUCUCAGGUCAAAAAACACAAGUGCUCUGGUGAGAGCAGCGAAACCUCAGCCCAUCAUUCAUGAGGGGGAACGGUCAGUGCUGUGAUCCGGGAUGUAGCUGCAGCUGAAAGCUGCUCACAGCUUGUGUUGAUGUCGAUAAUGGUACAUUCCUAAAUAGUGGCCAGGGCCUUUACUGGCUCAACUGCAACGAGAACUGGGCCUUUAUUUAACAGCUUAUAUUGGUGACUAGUCGACCAGUCGAUUAAACCUUGCUAGUCGGCACCAGAAAUACUAGUCAGUUAAGCAUAUUAUCAAAAUGAUUAUUCCUUUAUUGAUGUACACAUUGAAAUGACAUAUUGACACUCACCGUCUCAGCUGGGCUUGUGUCGGCUCUCCGCUCUUAUCUGAAUGCAUCGGCUCCAUCUACUGGAGACAUUCUGAUUUCAGGAGCAUUUAAAUGACGAUUCUGUUAAUGAAAAAUUGUCUCUUAAAAUAUACACUAUUUUUCAGACAAUGUUUAACUACAUACAUUAAAUUGUUGAAUAGUUGACUUGUAUUGCCUGCUGACUCCUCACUCACUACUCUGAACCUGUCCUUGACCAGUAGGGGCUGCUAGUUAUAAGACAUCUUCUUUAGAAAUAUCAAAGUUCAAAAACUGAACUUAUUAGGGGGGUUCUGGGGCAUGCCGCGCCAGAAAAUGAGAUUUCCCUGAUCCCAAUAUGUACAUUUUAAGAUGUUUGAAGCACAAAAUCAUGUCAGCGGGCAGUAACACAUGAGGAGCAGGUUACAGGUUGCAGUGAAUGAGCCACACCUCAGAAUGGUCACAAAGUGUUCAAGUAAAAGCAAAGUCACACUGCUGUUGUCUCACGUUGUAUUCCCUGGCUGUCCCUUUCUCUGUGACUCCUCACAUGUCUGUCCUCCAACAUGUAUAACGUAUAUAAAAAAUAAUUAACUGAAAUGAUAUACACCUUCUUUCUUUCACAUUUGUGUUUAGAGUUUGCAACAUUCUUGUUUAUUUGAAAUUACAGGUAUCACUGUAUAAACCAAACAACAUAAAUAGGUCUGUGGUAAAGACAUAAGUUUAAAUUGGGUUGAAAACAUACGCGUCGUAUGUUUUCAAAGUAGGUUGUAUUUAAAUUAAUAAAUGUUACACGACUUAUAAGCAACUGGAAUCACUUCCUGACUUUAGACACAGGAAACAGUGACACCACUUGACUUCAGAGAUAACAUAGCAGAUCGUAACGAGACUAGGCACGUCUCUAUUACUAAUUAGACUGCUGUUUUAAAGCUUCUAAAAUAAAUUGUUACGAAGGUCUCUUGAGGAUGGGGACACGGUUCCUGUCUAGUGUUUGCCGAAAAUAUCUCAUUGU